GUGACGAUGCUGCUCUCAGGAAACACAAGCGGCUGAUCCUCCAACUUCCUGUUUGGAGCCCCGUCGUUUGGCCGAAAGGGAUGAGGUCCUCGGAAGAAAACACAAUUGCUCAAUGAAACUGGAUUAGAAGUUAGCGCAAACAUGAGCUGGAUUCCUUUCAAGAUUGGACAGCCAAAGAAGCAGAUUGUCUCUAAAACUGUUGAAAGGGACUUUGAGAGAGAAUAUGACAAGCUCCAAAAGCUGGAGGAUCAGACAAAAAAGCUUCACAAGGACAUGAAGAAAAGCACAGAGGCUGAUUUAGCAAUGUCUAAAGCUGCGGUGAAGAUCUCCGCAGACCUUCUAAGUAACCCGCUGUGUGAGCAGGAUCAGGCCUUCCUUGAGUCCAUGACAGCUUUAGACACCGCCAUGAGAAGGAUGGACUCCUUCAACCAGGAGAAGGUCAAUCAGAUCCAGAAGACUGUUAUUGACCCACUGAAAAAGUACAGCAGCGUCUUCCCCAGUCUCAACAUGGCAGUGAAACGGCGGGAACAGACUCUGCAGGACUAUAAACGCUUGCAAUCCAAAGUGGAGAAGUAUGAGGAGAAAGAAAAAACAGGGCCAGUUAUGGUCAAACUACACCAGGCGAGAGAGGAGCUGCGACCAGUCAGGGAGGACUUUGAGGCCAAGAACAAGCAGCUGCUGGACGAGAUGCCCAAGUUCUACCACAGCCGCAUAGACUACUUCCAGCCCAGCUUUGAGGCUCUCAUUCGGGCGCAGGUGGUGUACUUCACAGAAAUGUACAAGAUCUUCAGUGAACUGACGGAUCAGAUCGACCAGGCGGGCCUGACUGAUGAGCAGAGGCAGAGGGAGACGGAGGCCAAGCUCAACGAGCUGCGUGCUCUCUCCAUCGUGGCUGACGACUAACUGACUAACUGACUGAGCCAACACCAGGAAGACACGCUCUCAACUAACUGAUGUGGCAUUAAUUUCAUUAGCGAUCCUGACCGGACCUAGUAGGACGUAGUACACAAGGCCAUUCGUACUUUGGGCGCAAUUGUAUGUUGUGGGUGUCAAUAGGAUUUUUUAUUUUAUUAAUAUUAUAGAUAUUGGUGGUAAUCAUUAGCAAUCCAAUUCCAGUCAAAGACUGGGCUACAUGCCCUGGCCAACCUCUUCCAGUCGUCCCAAAGAAGUGUACCAAACUAGAGUGCUCGCACUAUCCAGAUGUGCCAGACUUUGGGUGUGAAGACCUUGUGUGAGUACGCCCUACCUGAGUAGUACAUGUCAUUAUGUCUAAUAAUACGACUAUGGAUGACACUUUAAGAAAGCCAUCAGCCAAUACCAUAUUUUUGGCAUCACUUCUUGUUUAUCAUCAAUAUGUUUCUUAGUUACUUUGUUUUUUUUUUUGUGGUAGCAUCCCAAAAUGUUUACACUAUAAUAACAUACUAUAUGUGGCGCUGGGGUUCAUUAUUACAAAAUCAAGUCUCGGGCGCCCUCUAGUGGAAAUGCAUCAUAUGCUUCCCACUUUUCUGUCUCCUAUGUGUCAAACCAUCCAUCCUUUGUUGUGUGGUUGCUUGCAGUCAAACCUUGAAGAACCUCACUAAAAAGUGUUGCACCCAUCGCGCCAAAGAUGGAAGUGUCAGCUGUCCUUGCACUCCUGUGUGCUGUCACACUACGACACACACUCCCUCUGCUUCCAGAGGUAAGAAGGUCACACUGGGUGUUUUUCCUACUUGAUGUCGCUGGGCUUUCACAGCAAACUAAAUGUACAAUCUGCUGUUUGAAGCAAAAGCAAUUCAUUGCUUAUAAGUUAAUCAUGAUGUUUUUAAACAAAUGAAGGUGUCUUUUGAGCUAAUGAAGGGUUUUUGUCUUAGGGUCACACUGAAGAGAAAAAAAAAAUAAUUAAGACUAGUCGUAAUGAAUAUGAGCAUAAAGUUUUUAAAAUGAUAAUUUUCUCCUAUUUUUUGGUAGAGUAUUAAGAUUUUUUAAAUUAGGACCUAUCACUCAAUCUUCCAAUUUUAUUGUCACAAUUGUAUGUCCUUUUUCACAAUUUAACUGAUUAAUACUUGUAUCCAUUCAAAUAAAAAUGCAAUAUCGGUAUUGGAAACUUUCUCUUUAAAAUGAUUACUUUUCCAAUAAUAUGGAUUUUUGAUCAAUGGAAUUUUUACAACUUAAAAUUACAACUUCAUUCUCAUGUUUAUGUUCUUAAAAUCACAACUUCAAUCACAAUUUGACUUAGUCACAGUCAUUCUGACUCAUUGCAGCUUUGAUUUUGUAAUACUGGAAAUAUUGCAGUUUUAUUGUAACAUUCCAACUUUUGCCUGUAAUAAGAGUACAACUUAUCAUUUGUCUCAACCUUUCUGGUAAAAUUGUCUAUUCUCAUAGUACAGUAUUACAUGAUUGUGUUUAGAUAUGUCUUAGAUAUUGUGUUUAUACUGUAACGUCAUUCUCAUAACAUUACAAUAUUAUGAUUUUUUAUAAUCUCAUGACUUUUUGUCGUCAAAUCUUUUUAACUGCAUUUUUCUUACAGCUUUAUAUUUUCCAAUUUUUUUGUUGUGUUAUCACUCUUUUCAUAUUCACAUAAUUUUCUUGUAGUAUGUCUUGAUUCUUAUAUUAUAAACAAGAUUUAUCUCGUAAUACAACUGUUUCUCAUAGUGAUGCUGACAUUUUCCUUUAUCUUCCGAACUACCUUGCAUCCAUUCUUAUAGUUUCAACAUUAUGACCUCUUUUUCCCCCUUCAAAAUACGACUUCAUUUCCUACAACUCCUAUUUUUGUUUCUUUGUCGGUGUGGCCCUAGUUUUUAAUGAAGUAUCAGUUGUUUUUGUAACACCGAUGAGUAAAUCCUUUUAACAGAGGCUUUUAUUCAUUUGUAUUUGUAAUGUAAAAUGUUAGGUGGCAUUGUUUAGCUGUUUACUGUAAAAUCAGAGAAUAAAUGAUC